UGCGGUCUCUUCCUGCCUUGGUUUAAGGCUCUUUCCUUGUCUGUCUUAUCGUACAUGCUCACGUCCGCUUCACGACCUUAUGAGAACGCUACGAAAGAGGUGUUGCGGUCGUGGGUGCCUUCAUCGACGGGUCUGCUACGGUUUCCUGGGGUUGAUGCUUACCGGAGUUGUCAAGGAGCGGAGCCAGAAUGAGGGGCGGGUCAGCAAAACGUUGCCCUAUUACCCCUUCACCUCGCGAUCCAGCACCCAAAGAUGCACACAUGGCUUUUUUUCUUUGCUCACGCUUCGUGUAUUUUGUUUUCCGACUGCUGUAUUUUUACCUUUCCUGCUCAAUAUUCGCGCUUUCGCUCUUGCCCACUUACACAUUUUUUAACUCUCCGCGCGUCGCACAGCCGCGUCCCGGCUCACGGGGAUCGCAGUGUCUGUAUGCGCGGCAGGUUGCACCAUUUCACUUCAUUCGCAAUGUAAUUCUUCACUUUUCCUUUCCGAGAUAGAUCUUCACUGCGGUAAUGUGGAUGACGACGAUGGGUAUCCCGCACGUGAGACCGACGAGAAAAAAAACACGCUCACACACCUUGUGCUGG